AUGAAAGAGCUUACCUCCGAUCAACGCCGCGCUGUCGUCGACCACCUGCUACUUCGUGUAGUACAGGCUCCAUGCAAGCUUCGCCAUGGCGCCAUAAAGGAGGUGGCCCAGAUCUUUGGUCGCACCAGACAGACCAUUGCCGAGAUCUGGAAACUGAAGUACACGGACCUUCCGGCUCGAAUCCGCGCGAUACCACCACAACGGCGGACGACUCUCCAGCGGAUCGCGCAUGCGAUUGGCCUACCCUCGAGCACACUCAAAGACUACUAUAAACGCGGUUUCAUGGUAAAGUAUAAUUCGCACAUUAAACCUAAGCUAACGGGUGACCACAAAGUGGCCCGGGUAAACUGGGCCAUGAAAUUUGUCCGACCCAGCAACAACUUCCGUUUUGCUGACAUGUACGACUACGUCCACGUCGAUGAAAAGUGGUUCCACGCGACGAAGAUCAAAUCCCAAAUGUACCUGCUCCCCAGCGAAAUCCCACCCCACCGCUCAACCCAGAGCAAGCGUUGCAUCACCAAAGUGAUUUUCUUGUGGGAUCAAUGA